GGCGGCCACCCCGGAUGCGGGGGCCUUGGAGGCGGAGGCAAGAUGGCGGAGGCGGCGAGUCGCUGAGCGAGGAGGCGCCGCCGCCCGGCUCGUCGUCCGGCCCGGAGAGGGAGGGAAGGGGAAGGAGAGGCCGCGCCCGGCCGCCGCCGUUACCUCCGGCUUCUCGUCCUCGCUCCGCCUCGGGUGAUGGAGGUGAUCGAGGGCUGCCGGCUGCCCGUCCUCAGGAGGAACCAGGAGAACGAGGACGAGUGGCCACUGGCUGAGAUCCUGGAGCGUGAGGACAUCAGUGGAAGAAAGGUGUUCUAUGUCCAUUACAUUGACUUCAACAAGCGCCUGGAUGAGUGGGUGACCCCCGAGCGGUUGGAUCUGAAGAAGAUCCAGUUCCCCAAGAAGGAAGCCAAGACCCCAACCAAGAAUGGACUCCCGGGCUCCAGGCCGAGCUCCCCCGAGAGGGAACUGAAGAAGACACUCGAUCUCUCGCUACACCCUUCGACAGCAGGGAUUGGGAAAACCAUUCCAACACCGGGCUUGCCCUACUUAGCAACAAGUGCUAGUUUACAAAGGGUCCCUGUCGUGAAGCUACCAGACAGGACCAACAGCAUCGAAAACGUCACAAAAAAUUUGUUAUCCAAAAGGAAGUUGGAAGCCGUUUCCCUUGCGACCCAGUGCUCUCCGGCAACCCCUGUUGCGGCUGCCCCAGAGAUCCCAACGCCCGUGUAUGCACAGCAGAAUGGUUCAGCAAGGAGACCGGUUCCAGUGGGGGCGGGGAGGAAGAGGAAGGCCAACUGCCUGGGGACCGACGAGGACUCGCAGGACAGCUCGGACGGGAUUCCCUCCGCCCCACGGAUGACGGGCAGCCUGGUGUCGGACAGAAGUCACGAUGACAUAGUCACUCGGAUGAAGAACAUCGAAUGCAUCGAGCUGGGCCGACACCGCCUGAAACCCUGGUAUUUCUCUCCCUACCCUCAGGAGCUGACGUCUCUGCCCGUCCUCUACCUCUGCGAGUUCUGCCUGAAGUACCUGAAGAGCCUCAAGUGCUUGCAGAGGCACCUGACGAAAUGUAACUUGCGACAUCCUCCAGGGAAUGAAAUCUACAGGAAAGGAACCAUUUCCUUCUUCGAAAUCGAUGGCAGGAAAAACAAGAACUACUCCCAGAACCUGUGCCUGCUGGCCAAGUGUUUCCUGGACCACAAGACUCUGUACUACGACACCGACCCCUUCCUCUUCUACGUGAUGACCGAGUACGACUGCAAAGGCUUCCACAUCGUCGGCUACUUCUCGAAGGAGAAGGAGUCAACAGAGGAUUACAAUGUUGCCUGUAUAUUAACACUACCCCCAUAUCAGAGGAGAGGCUACGGCAAGUUGCUAAUUGAAUUCAGUUACGAGCUCUCAAAGGUAGAGGGGAAAACAGGAACGCCGGAGAAGCCGCUGUCUGACCUGGGGCUGCUCUCCUACCGCAGCUACUGGUCGCAGACCAUCCUGGAGAUCCUCAUGGAGCUGAAGUCGGAGAACGGGGAGCGGCCGCAGAUCACUAUCAAUGAGAUCAGCGAACUCACCAGCAUUAAGAAGGAGGAUGUCAUUUCUACCUUGCAGUAUUUGAAUCUGAUUAACUACUAUAAGGGUCAAUACAUCCUCACCCUGUCGGAGGACAUCGUCGAAGGCCACGAGAAGGCCAUGAUGAAGAGACACCUGAGGAUCGACUCGAAGUGCCUGCACUUCACGCCCAAGGACUGGAGCAAGAGGGGCAAGUGGUAACUGUGUGCUGGCCAGGAGGGGGAGUGGGAGAGGGAGAGAGAGGGAGACCGCCCAUUGCUUGGGACUGUACGGACCAACAGUCGCUACCACUGCUCUUCAUCCUCCACUUCCAGCGCACAGCCUAACAGUGCUGAGCUAACAGUCAGCAUUCCAUCCCUCCCGCUGCCACUCCCCCCCCCCCCCCCCCCAACACCAGCGCUCCCCCAGGAGCAGGAGGCACAGAUGCCCAUAGUGUGGCAGGGUCCACCCCCCAUCUCCGCUGACUGGUGAGACCGGCCGGGAGCCCAGUGGCUUGUAUCAAGUUGGGCGGGUUUGGUCGCCUCCCAUCGAUCUCUGGCGGACGGACAGUGCCCUCUGGCUGGAUGUUUGACCGGGAGAAGGGGGAGCGGGCGGGGAGGGCGGAGGAGGCCGUUGCACACCGACAGCACUUGCGCACUUUCCAGGAGGACGAGGGCAGCCUGUGACCCAGCGGCAGGAACCUCAGCCCCCAUUUCCACCCCCCCCCCCCCCCCCACACAACCCAGGGUGUGUGGCUGGUGGGACGUGCGUCACCGGACUCGCCUGGCGGCUGAGGAUGCUCAACUAUGAUCCGCAGCGGUGACGGAGAACAUUAUCUGCUGCAACACAUGGACUCUGGGGGCCCUGCGUGCGGACGGGAGGUGAGAAGGUACUGAGCGCCUGUCAGCCUCUGAAAGAGAAGAUGUCGAGGUCUGCAGGCGACGUGGCCUCGGGCGAUGACUGAACGGUGGUCUGAACUGAGCUCAAGCACACAGGAUCCUGAGCUGCUGGAGGUCCCUUGUCUGUUUAGCUUCCUGAGUCUAAAGACUGCCUCUGCUAACAUACUGUCAGGACCAUUUGCUCCCAUCCCCACCCCCCACCACUCCCCCACCCCCUGCUCCCCGUCCCUUCCCCUCAUCAGGCAAAGAAUUACAACAGUGAUUCACACUCAGCUUGGGCUAACAUGUACAGGCAGUGUAGAGCAAGCUUCAUUCUGUCUGACCCUGGGAGUGUGUGAUGGGACGGUGCGGAGGGAGCUUCACUCUGUGUCUGACCCCGGGAGCGUGUGAUGGGACGGUGUGGAGGGAGCUUCACUCUGUGUCUGACCCCGGGAGCGUGUGAUGGGACGGUGCGGAGGGAGCUUCACUCUGUGUCUGACCCCGGGAGCGUGUGAUGGACGGUGCGGAGGGAGCUUCACUCUGUGUCUGACCCCGGGAGUGUGUGAUGGGACGGUGCGGAGGGAGCUUCACUCUGUGUCUGACCCCGGGAGUGUGUGAUGGGACGGUGCGGAGGGAGCUUCACUCUGUGUCUGACCCCGGGAGUGUGUGAUGGGACGGUGCGGAGGGAGCUUCACCCUGUGUCUGACCCCGGGAGUGUGUGAUGGGACGGUGCGGAGGGAGCUUCACCCUGUGUCUGACCCCGGGAGUGUGUGACGGGACGGUGCGGAGGGAACUUCACUCUGUGUCUGACCCAUGUCGUGGGAGUGUGUAACGGGACAAGUUUAGAACUUGUUCCUGGGGACAAGAUUGUUCCCCGAGGUGAGGUCUCCCAAGAGAAUCCUCCCCACCCAGAAUCGUGCUGGUUUACAGUUUCAUCAGCUGCCUAACAUUGAAGGUUUCUGCCUGAGGAGCUGCAAUGGGUCAUUGCAAAGCUGCAAUCCUGCAGCCUCACAUAGAGCAGGGGCAGGGGAAAAUCUCCCUGCUCAUCCCCCCCCCCCCCGCCCCCAUACUCCCCAACUAUUCCCUUCUUCCCUUAUCUUUCCCCAUUUCCCUGUGCCGCUCCACCCUCCGCUGGGCUGAGACAGAACCUGCGUGUGGUGGUGCAGGUAGAACAGCCAGUCUUUGCUCUGGGCAGCAGUGGAUAAACUGAAUCGGGGGCAUCAGAUGUGAAAUUUUAAAAUACCAAUCAACGUUUGUACAUAUCGAGAGGAACCCGAGUCGCCUCAACACCUGGGGGGUGGCCGACUGUGAAUCGCUCCGGGGGAGCUCCUUCCCACGGGAUCCGUCCAGUCCUUGUCCGUGGGUAGGAAUCUCUGUCAGUACCUCUUACAGGAGGGAUUCAGCGGGCAGGUUAAGGCUGGGAGGGGCACCUGCGCGCACACACACACACGCGCGUUCUGCGGAGGCAGUGUCACCAGCCCACACCGCCGAGGACUGCUCCUCGUGGCCUUGCAUCGUUUCCACACCCACCCCCCCCCCCCCAUCCACCGAACACGCGGUAGGCUUCAGUGCGAUGCCUAAUGUAGUCGCAUGUCCUGUGCUGUGUAACUUUCUGGUUGUGUGACCUGACUGUUUGUGUAAACCCAUGUAUUUCCCUGUUAGAAUUGGUAAUACCAGCAAGAGUUGUACAGGCUUUUUUUUAAGUAAUCUGGAUUGUAUAGAAAGUAAAUAUUAAUGUAUCAUG